UGAGCGUUCGUUUGUUUCUCCGUUUCUCAGUACCGUACUGUACUAGUUUACGUUUGUUUAGUUAGUUAGGUAGUGCUGCUAGUGCAGUGCGACUAGUGUUUCUUUGGAAUUUGGGUAAAAUCAGUUAACGAGUUAACUUAUGUCUCCCAAAAAAGAGUAGGCCAAUCAAUUGUUCAAAUCAAAAUAGCUAGAGGAUCACAUAGUUUUCAUAUAAUAUAAAAAAGGUCUACCAUUGAAAGCGUGAUCGUGUUUCAACUGUUCUAAACACAUUUCUCCUGAGAUGUCAGAAAAGGACAUCCCGGUUUCUUCGGCACCAGAAGAAAUUACUAAAACCAGAACUACAAGAGCAAGUUCAAGGCUAGGGUCCAGGAAGAACUCAACCAGUGUUAAAUCUACAUCUGAAAAUGGUGUCGAUGAUUCAGGGAAAUCUCUUGAUGAACCAAUUAAGGAUUCAACCAAGAUUGAAGAAGAAGAUUUAAAUGGUGAAGUUGAUUCUGCAACAAAAGGAGGAUCUACGAAUGAAUCUGUGAAGGAUUCUUCUAAUUCAAAUGAUGUGCCUGAGCUAGAUGAAGCUCCUCCCCCAACUAUAACUACACCACCAAGUAGGCCACUUCGUGUUCGAACCAGCUUUUCCACAGGGGAUAAUGAAGAGGUUGAAGAUAAGAAACAAGAAGAAGAAAUUCAAAUUCCAGAGGAAUUCACUGUUGUAGAAGAAGUGGAAAGUGAUUCUGAUGAUGUUCAAGAGAUACCCCCAGAAAAAAUGGAAGAUGAACCAUGUGACAAGACCUUUCCCCAAACUCAGACCCUUGAAGAAAUGACUGUCAUCGACGAAGUGAUCGAUGAAUCAGAAAAAAAAGAUUCUCUUGACGAGGCAAAACAAGAUAGUAACUUGGAGCCAGACACAGAGAUGGUGUCUGAGGACGAGUUACCAGCCGAAGUCAACAAGGAGCCUCUAGAGACAGAGGCAGUGUCAGAUGAGGAGUUGCCAGCCAGUGGAGACCUGCCUGACACCGAGGCCGUCUCAGAGGACGAGUUACCUCCUGAAGGAUCAGAGAAAAAGAAACGCAAGAGGAAGACCACACCCAACUCUAAAAAUAAGUCAGAUGUUGAUGGUAAGAAAGAAGAAGGAAGUGGUGUCAAAAAAGAAUCAGUGAAGCGUAAGCUAGCUGAUGGUGAAUAUGAUCCAAGCUCUCCCACAUCUGAAGCAAGCGAUGAUUCCCCAGCUGCCAAAAAAGCUGCUAUUGAUGCAAAAACACCUGCCAAACCUAAGGUUUUACCUGAGCUCGAGAAGUACUGGAAAGCCGUCCGUGAAGAUGCUGCUGACUUUACUGGGUGGACUUACUUACUUCAGUAUGUUGAUCAGGAGAAUGACGUAGAAGCAGCUCGUGAAGCUUAUGAUGCUUUUCUGUCACAUUACCCUUACUGCUAUGGAUACUGGAGGAAGUAUGCUGAUUAUGAAAAAAGAAAAGGGAAUAAAGCUAAGUGUGAGGAGGUAUUUGAACGAGGUUUGAAGGCAAUUCCAUUCAGUGUGGAUUUAUGGAUUCACUACCUUAACUACUGUAAAUCGGCCUUCACUGAUAAUCAAGAUUUAUUACGUAGUACCUUCGAGAAAGCUUUAGAAACUUGUGGCCUUGAAUUCAGGUCUGAUCGACUAUGGGAGGCUUAUAUCAAGUGGGAAACUGAAAAUAAAAAUCUCCAAAAUGUCACAAGCAUUUAUGAUAGACUUCUAGCAACUCCAACCCAGGGAUACCAGAGCCACUUUGAUACGUUCUGUGAGCAUGUGAACACCAACGCGCCCAGCAAAGUUCUGUCUGUUGAUGAGUUCCUGGAGCUGAGACAAGAGGUUCUCCAGGCUCUUAGACAGAGUGACACUCCACUAACAGAGACUCUGGCAGUACCUGGGGAUGACACAGAGGCGCCCCCUGGAGAGGAGCCUGCAGGGGAUGUUGUUGCGGCCAUUGCUAGUCCUGAAGAAACUGCCAAAUUGAGAGAAAAAAUCAUUUCAAUUCGCAAGAAGGUUCAUCUGGCUACAAAAGAAGCUGUAGUUGCUCGCCAGACAUUUGAAGAAGGAAUCAAAAGACCCUAUUUCCACGUAAAACCCCUGGAAAGGUGCCAGCUUAAGAACUGGAAGGAUUACAUUGAGUUUGAAAUUGCUGGAGGUGACAAGAAAAGAAUCAUGGUGUUGUUUGAACGGUGUCUGAUAGCUUGUGCGUUGUAUGAAGAGUUCUGGCUGAGGUAUAUCCGCUACCUGGAGGACAAGGCAAGUGAAAAUGAUGAAACCAUCCGGGACGUAUUUGAACGAGCUUGUACGAUACAUCACAAGAAAAAACCUAACUUGCACUUGCACUGGGCAGUGUAUGAGGAAAUACAAGGGAACUUUAAAAAAGCUGCUGAGAUUCUUGAAAACUUGGAGAAGGUUGUUCCAAACCUUAUUCAAGUAAUAUACAGACGAAUCAACCUGGCUCGAAGAAGUGGUGAGGUCUCAACCGCAGCAGAGUUGUAUGAACACUACAUUGAAAAAGCUAAAAACCGUGUAUUUGCCAACAAUAUGACCAUCAAGUACGCUAGAUUUUGUUGGAAGGUUCUCAAUGAUGUUGACCAGGCUGUGUCAAUAUUAAAAAAAGCUCUCGAGAAAGAUAAGGAAAACCCACGGUUAUAUCUACAGCUGAUAGACAUGGCCAUGCAGAGAACCCCCAUUGAUGAGGAGGAAGUAGUUGGAGUCAUCGACCUGUACUUGAGCCGUGAUACUGUUGAACUGGAACAGAAAGUAAUGUUCGCCCAACGUAAGAUAGAAUUCCUUGAAGACUUCUGCUCCAAUGUAAAAAGUGUGCAGAAAGCAACAGAAGAGUUCCAAAAACUGCUGAAGCAACUUCAAGAUAGGAAAAAGAAGGUUGAUGAUAUAAAAUCCAAGGUAGAAGAGUCUUCAUCAAAGAAAAUUAAAACAGACCAGAAAGAUAGCUCAGGAUCUUCACAUGUGGGGCCGUCAUCUCAAACGUCUCAGCCUCCUGCGUCCAGUGGCCAAUACUCUGCACCCAACUACAACCAAGGCUACAACCAACCACCAGCACAGAACAGCUACACAGGAGGAUACAACCAGCAACCACCGUACAAUCAGCCUCCUUACAACCAGCCUUCCUACAACCAGAACGACCCCAACUACAACUACCAGAACUGGGGAUACUCCCAGCCUGGCUACGGAAACUACAACCAGGGAUGGGGAGGGUACAACUACUACUAACUUUAAACACUUGACUCAAUCAUAACUUUGAAUACGAUUUAUGUAUAUAUUGUGUAACACGUAUUUCAAUAUGUUUAUUUUUUUAGAACUGCAAAUCUUUUUUUCACUGUCUCAUAGUUUGCUUAGGUAGUCCUCUGAUGAUAUGCAAAAUAAAAAAAUAUGGAUCCAUAUUACUAGUAUGUCUUAAUGAUGAUCUUAAUGUCUUUAAAUGUGGAUUCAUAGUAUGUUAAAUAAUGUAAUAUGUCAAUGUUCAGAUUUUAUUGAGUUUUUAAUAAAAUACUGAAAUGAUA